AAAAGGCGAGAGAGCUUCCUUUGGCCGCGGGCUGAUGCAGCGAUGCGGCACCACUGGAUGUUCCUCGGGGCUUGCGGCUGGGUGCUGCUCAUCCUUGUGUUUGCGACUAAGCUCAUUGGGCACAAAAGUGUCGAAGAAUAUGAGGAGCGAGUUGGUAGUCCAAACUUGACUGUGUCGGGACAAACAACAGGGAAGGUUACCCUGUCCACUGCAGGAAACCCGGUUUUGCAGGAUCCAGAGCAGAUGAUGGCUCAGUCCUCGGCCGUUUCCGAGAUGCACGAGUGGGACUCCAUCGUUGAGAAGCGGCUACAACUGCUCUCUGUUGGAUGUAAAAACAGAAGCCUGGAGAAUUUGACUCGCAUCCCCAUCAGCAAGUUUGUCCUGGACCGCAUCUUUGUCUGCGACAAGCACAAGAUCUUGUUCUGCCAGACACCUAAAGUGGGAAACACACAGUGGAAGAAGGUCCUGAUCACCCUCAACGGAGAUUUUUCGGGUGUGGAAGAGAUCCCGGAGAACCUCGUCCAUGACCAUGAGAAGAACGGGCUGCCUCGCCUGUCAUCGCUGACGCCGCAGGAAAUUACACACAGGUUCGAGACUUAUUUUAAGUUUCUCAUCGUGAGAGAUCCAUUUGAGCGCCUCAUCUCCGCCUUCAAUGACAAAUUUAUAAAGAACCCCCGUUUCGAGCCUUGGUAUCGGCACGACAUCGCUCCCGUCAUCAUUCGCAAGUACCGCAGAAUCCACCGCGACAGCGACCAAACGGCGUCCGGCUUGCACUUUGAGGAUUUCGUACGUUACCUGGGGGACGUGGAAGGCCGGCGCCGCUUGGAUCAUCAGUUUGGCGAGCCCAUCAUUCACUGGACGACCUACACGGAGCUGUGCGCACCGUGCGACAUCCACUACGACGUGGUAGGCCAUCACGAGACGCUGGAGCGGGACGCCGCCUACAUCCUGAGUCGAGCCGGCAUCGAGCACUUUGUGUCCUACCCGGCCAUCCCUCCGGGCAUCACACGUUAUAACAAGACAAAAAUCGAGCGCUACUUCUCAGGACUAAGCAAACGGGACAUCAAGCGCCUGUACGCCCGCUUCCAGGGCGACUUUCAGUUAUUCGGAUACUCAAAACCGGACUUUUUACUCAACUAACGUGAAUUCUUCCGACCGCCUCGCUAUAACGACAUUCGUGGCUAACAAAUGAAGUACUUAUUGAUGACAACAACCGAUUGUUGUUUUGUAGCACUGAGAAGAUGGUUUCUCUACACUGUAUGGAUGGGAAGGUCUGAGCGUAGCUAUCAACAUUAACUUUUAUACCGUUUUUUUUUAUACACUUGAAGGAUUGCGAUUGAAUGGGAAUAAAGUGAAGAAGCCAAGAGACAGAUUAGGAUUGAAAUCGUGAUGCGUGUAAAACUUUCCUACUCGAUGAGGGUGUCAACUCUUCUGGAUAGCAAAAGCUUCCUUCGCUUUAUUUUUAGCUGCUAGUUACAUGGACCUGGCCAAGGUUUUUGGGAUGAUUAGAGGUGGAGCAUGGAGUGUGAAGGAUUCAAACGGUCCUGAAUACAGGUGGUGGUGGUGGUGGUGGUCGCACUACUUGUUUUUUUCUCUGUGCCAGAAGAAUAAAAACACAACUAACGUGUA